AGUACUAUAGCCGAAAAAAUGAAAAUUUUGAAUCGUCACGGAGUGGGACUAGAGGUGCAGUUUCUACUAUUAUCGGCCAUUAGUUUUAUUUCUUCCCGGGCCGAUCUUCAAUUGUCUGAUGAGUAUCUCAGUGAAAUAAGGGCUGAUGUGGCAGUGGAUAAAGCAGCUGGAGAGUAUAACUAUGACCAACAAGGUGCUGACUGGCCUGGAACAUGUAAUGAGGGCAAAAAACAAUCGCCCAUUGAUUUAAUCAAGAGAGAUGCAAUCGUAAAAUCUAUACCCGAAAUACGUUUCAACAACUACGAUAAAUCACUGCAGACUCCGUUAUUAGUGGUAAACAACGGACAUACAGCGAACAUGGUAUUGCCGGCGAACAGUGGUGGGAAUCGCGCGUCCAUUAGUGGUGGAAUGCUGCCGGGUGUCUUCGAAGCACAAAGCGUGCACUUCCAUUGGGGUUCCCCCAAUACCGCGGGAUCCGAGCAUGCUAUCGACUUUGAGCGUUAUGAUGUAGAGACUCACAUUGUUCACAAAAAUACCAAGUAUUCAAAUUUGACCGUGGGUGAAGCCAGUGAGUACUGGGAUGGACUUGCCGUUUUGGGAGCUAUGCUGAGAGCAUCUCGUGGGUCACCGUUGCAACGGUCUGGGCUCCACAGGAUAUUUAAUGUAUUGCCCGAAAUUAUCCCGUACGAAGCUAAUGCGACAAUUACUGGUCAGCUAACUGUUAGGGAGUUGCUUGGAAAUAUUUCGCCUGCAGAGUUUUUCACUUAUAACGGCUCAUUGACUACACCCAAUUGCGCUGAAUCGGUCACCUGGACGGUGUUUAAGGAUGUUGCGUCCUUCCCACAAGGCCAGAUUAGUAAGCUGUGGAAUUUGCGAGACUCACGGAGACGUGAACUGAUCAACAAUUAUCGCGAGCUUCAGGAUUUAAACAACCGACCUGUCUAUUUUAGGCAACGUCGACAGACCAUUCUAUUUUAGAAGACUUCCAAGACAAUCAAAUCUCGAGAAUGUAUACAAAAAUCAAAAA